CGCCCGGGAAUCACUCCGCACGCGAACCGCAGUCGCGGACACCCCACGCCCAGCUCAGCUCGGCACGACCACCACCACCACCACCACCAGUCCUCCCUCGCCCUCCCUCCGUUGUCCGUUCCAUCCCCGCGCCGCGCCGCGCCGCGCCGGAUGCCUGGAGAGCUGGAGUCCAUCGAGCAGCGGCCGGCACGGCACUCGGCCUUUCUUUAAUCCGGGACCCGCCCUGAGCUCCCCCGCACUACACUGCAUCGCGCUCGCGGCUCGCGCGACGUUGACAUUGGGCAUGGCCCCUUCCCCACCACCGCCACCAUCACCACCACCUCGUCGUCCACUCCCUCCCCUCCCCCUCCACGCGGAGCGGUGAGCUGUCUCCCCCCCCCCCCCCCCUCUGGGAGAGCACAGGCGGCAACAACGGGGAGUCUCGUCGAAAUGGCGGCGGCGGCGGCGGCGGAGAUCGUGCGGGAGAUCGCAGCGGUGGGCGCCGCCGACCUGGCCGCCGCCGCCGAUCCGCUGCGCGCGGACUGCCUCCGCCUCGCGCGGAAGGUGUCCCUGCUCUCGCACCUCGUGGCCGAGGUCGCCGACGCCGGGGCCGGGGCCGGGGCGGGCGAUGCGGCGGCGGAGGCGUGGCUGCGCGACCUCGUCAGGGCGCUCGAGGCUGCCCGGAGGUUUGUCGCGCUCGGACGGACGCCGGCCGCUGCGGGGGCGUCAGAUCAGGAUGCCAUCUGCAAGAAUACUGGUCUUCAGUUCAAGUAUGUGACCUGGCAGUUGCAAGCUGCUCUGGCAAACCUGCCACAUAGCUGUUUUGAGAUAUCAGACGAAGUUCAAGAAGAGGUUGACUUAGUGCGAGCUCAGCUUAGAAGAGAAAUGGAAAAGAAUGGAGGUCUUGAUGUAACCGUAUUUAUGAAAGUUCAUGAUAUCUUAGCUCAAAUUGACAAUGCUGCACCACAAUCUCAACAGCCGCAUCAACAACCAGAGCAGCCACAGAUGGAGAAAUUCAGUAAUGAUGACCUGGAGUUGCGAAAUGUCGUAUUGCUAGUUUCUGAAAUAAGCGGGUUAUCCAAACCUGACAUGUCAAAAAUAGUAUCAGAUCUAAUUCAAGGACUUGAAAAUGUUGAAACUCCUGAGUCUCCGAAACCAGACAACGUUGAUCGCCAACCACCAAGUGAUGAAACAAAAGGCUCAUCUGAGGAAGUUAAGAAGUCGGACUCUGUAGCUAUUCCUGAAGAUUUCCGUUGCCCAAUAUCUCUCGAGCUGAUGAGAGAUCCAGUAAUUGUUUCAACGGGACAGACCUAUGAGCGCGCUUUCAUUCAGAGGUGGAUUGACUGUGGAAACCGAACCUGCCCAAAAACUCAGCAGAAGCUCCAGAACCUUUCGUUGACCCCAAACUACGUGCUUAGAAGCUUAAUACUGCAGUGGUGCGAGGAAAAGGGGAUGGAACCACCUAGCAGGUCUAAAAGCGACGGUUCUCCUCUUGAGGUUGCUGGCAACAGAUUAGCAAUUGAAGCGUUAGUCCGCAACCUCUCGAGCAGUUCAUUAGAUGAUCGGAAAUCUGCUGCGGCUGAAAUAAGAUCCUUGGCCAAGAAAAGCACAGACAACCGUAUACUUCUAGCGGAAUCUAGCGCUAUACCGGCUCUGGUGAAACUCCUGUCGUCCAAGGACCCGAAAACCCAAGAGCACGCAGUGACAGCUCUCCUGAACCUCUCCAUAUACGAUCAGAACAAGGAGCUGGUAGUGGUUGCCGGUGCCAUCGUCCCAAUCACACAGGUGCUGAGGACGGGUAGCAUGGAAGCAAGAGAGAACGCAGCCGCGGCUAUCUUCAGCCUGUCACUGAUGGACGACAACAAGAUCAUGAUAGGGAGCACCCCAGGGGCAAUCGAGGCGCUGGUGGAGCUGCUGCAGAGCGGUAGCUCGAGGGGCAAGAAGGACGCGGCGACAGCGCUGUUCAACCUGUGCAUAUACCAGGCGAACAAGGUGAGGGCCGUCCGAGCGGGGAUUCUGGUGCCGCUGAUCCGGAUGCUGCAGGACUCGUCCAGGAGCGGAGCCGUCGACGAGGCGCUGACGAUCCUGUCGGUCCUCGCGAGCCACCACGAGUGCAAGACCGCCAUAUCCAAGGCCCACGCCAUACCUUUCCUGAUCGACUUGCUGCGGUCAGGCCAGGCCCGCAACAGGGAGAACGCUGCCGCCAUCAUACUCGCGCUGUGCAAGAGAGACGCCGAGAACCUCGCCUGCGUAGGGAGGCUGGGCGCCCAGAUCCCGCUCGCCGAGCUGGCGAAGACCGGCACGGACCGAGCCAAGCGCAAGGCAACCUCGCUCCUGGAGCACCUCAGCAAGCUGCAGGUGCUCUAGUAGUCCCACCCACCACUGUCCAUCCACAGCCACACCACUCUGUGCGCGCGCGUGCGUUUUCGACUUUUCCACGCCACGGUGUAUGCGUACAAAUGCGAGUAGUGUAGCAUCAUCAUCAUCAUCUGUCGUCGAGUGUGAUUUCGGUGGGGUUGGUGAUAAGUUCGUUUCAGUCAGAGGAGCAAGACCAAACGCUUGUUCGUUCUGUCAGCUCAUGUCUGCGUGUAGUUUGAUUCGAGCUUUUUCAAAAGCUCGCGGUGUGGGAAUUACCUCGGUCGCCAUCGAAAUUUUCUACUUAUAUU